AGGAGGCGGAAACCUCCAUCUGCCCUGCUCGGUGACCGACCCGUCAUCCUCAGGAACCGGGGAGGAGACGGAUCAUCUCCUCGCUUCUCUUCCCUUUAUUCCCUUUACUUUAUAUAACACUGGGUGCAGCUGCCGGGGUAAAUACGGAGGAGGGCUGAGGUGAAGAAGUAGAAACAGCAGAUUUAAUAUGGAUGAGAUCUAUAGUCUAUAUAUAGGCUAUGCCCCGGACUGCACCACCACCACUACCAGCAGCAGCAGCAGCAGCUCCACCGCCACCAGCUGCCCCCAAUGGUACCGAUGAAGCGUGGGUCGAGUGUGUUGCAGCCUCCCUCCGAUGCAGCCAAACGACACACACACCCCGCACUCACAAAGACACACCGUAGCGACGACGCCGUCUCGCUGAGCGCGUCCAACGCAUGCGCCGAGGGCACGCCGGACGCGCGUGCCGCAGGUUCGAGCCCCUUCCCGUCGGCCACCUCUCUGUUCAGCCCUGAUGUCAGCACCAAGAUGGCGUCUGACCUCCUCAUCAGGCUGUCAGAAGCCACUCAGAAGGCCCAGAUGCAUCCUGGGAGCCGAGAGGAGGCGGAGCAGCAGGACGAGCCUGGUGUCGCCCUCUCACCGGACGGGCCCGGGGCGAGUCCCGAGCCGCCGUCGUUGACGCACACCCCGGAGGGCAACGCCGUCACGGACACGCUGGCUUCAGACCUGCUCAGGAAACUGGCAGAGCGCCAGGAAGUGAACGUCCACAUGUUGAGGCUCAAAGAGGAAGAGGAGCCGCUGGAGGUCGACGCAAUGACUCAAAAUCAGCCAGUCAUCGAGGAGGCCACUCAUUCCACCUCGAGGGUGACGAGCCGCCAUCUCUUCACCGUUAAAGCAGAAAACCAGGGCCUCGCCAGGAAUAAGCCAGCUGAACAAUUGCACCCUGGGGCCAAAGCGGUGGACCGGUACAACUUCGACGUUAAAACAGAAGAAGGGUUUUCUGCAUCCAGCAAGGCAGACUGCUUCGGCGACGCGUCAAACGGUGUUCAGUUUCAGGUGAAAGUGGAGGAUUGUGGGGCAGCUGGAGCCACGGUGGAAGGUCGCCUCCAUGCCAGAGCCGCCAUGGACGACCUUUUCCCCGUUAAGGCGAAGAUCCCCGAGACGCGUCUGUCCGGAGCCAAGAUGGGCAGCAGGUUUUUCUCUGGCGUCAAGAAGGAGAACCACUACCCGUCGGGUGCGGCGCUGGAGAACGGGCUCGUGUCCGGAGCCAAGAUGGCCGCUCAGGUUUUCUCCGGAGCAAAAAUAGAGGAGCAGUUUCUGUUUGGAGCCAAGAUGGAGGACCAGUGCCUCAGAGCAGUUCUGUGGCAGGACAUGUCAGUCAACCUGGCGUCUACGCUACUGCACCAGCUCUCCGAGAAGGUCAGUAAGUCCAGCUGUCAGCAGGUGGAGAGGAUGGCGCCGCCCGUCAGAAACAGUCCUGUUGCGAAGAUCGGGAUGGAGCGCGUCCCCUCCUCUCCGCUGCUGGGCCUCCGAGAACCUGCUCCAUAUGAAACGCAAACCCACGCCGUUAGAGAUCAAACCACAGCUUCUUCUUACUUCUUCAGGUGCCACGUGUGCGGCUUUGAGACCGAAGGCCACGCCCUUUUCAAGAGUCACAUGACGGAACACCGCCAAUGGGAACACAGCUCCUUCUCGCUGCACUGCUGCAGGUGCGACCACUCGACCAAUCAGGAGGCAGAGAUGAUGGCCCAUGUGGACACGCACAUACAUGGCGAUACGGGAGAAAUGAGACGGCCGGUCCCACUCCCCGCCGCCUCCACCAGACCUCCGCCGGCCGCCGCGCCGCCGCCUCCGCCGGAGCAGAGCUCCUCCGAGCACCGCUGCCGCAUCUGCCAGAGGUCGUUUCCCGGGCAACAGGAGCUCCUGGUCCACUUCCAGGGUCAUCGCCAAGGCAACCAGUACCGCUGCGACCGCUGCGGUCACCUGACGCGGACGGCCAACAAGCUGGUGGAGCACGUGCGCGUGCACACGGGCGAGCGCCCGUUCACGUGCGGCCUCUGCCCCUACAGCGCCAAGCGGCGGGACAGCCUGCGGCUGCACUGCAAGGUCAAGCACGGCGCGCACGGCAGCGGCGCCGCUGACGCGCCCCGCGACGUGCACACGCACCGGACGUACGCGCACCCCGGAGACGGCCAGCGGUCAAACAAACACGUGCAGCGGCUGCACACGCCGGCCAGCCCUCACACUGCCUCCUCCCGUCCUCCUCCGCUGCUCCCUGACCGCGCCGGUUUAGAGUUUCUGGGGACCCACAUCUCAGCGGACAUGUCCUGGUCAACCAACACCUCCUGCCUGGUCAAGAAGGCUCGCCAGCGCCUCUUCUUCCUGAGGACACUGAGGAAAAAUCAGCUAUCCUCGACUAUCCUGGUGAACUUCUACCGCUGCGCAAUAGAAAGCAUCCUGACCAACUGUGCAACAGUGUGGUAUGUGAGCUGUACUGUUACAGAUAGCAAGGCACUGCAGCGGGUGGUGAAAGCCGCCCAGUACAUCACUGGGACUCCACUACCCACCAUUGAGCACAUCCAGAAGAAACGCUGCCUACAUAGAGCUCCCAGCAUCCUUAAGGACUCUUCUCACCCAGCCCACAGACUGUUUUCUCUCCUGCCCUCCGGCAGGCGUUUCAGGUGCCUCCGGACCAGAACCAGCAGACUAAAGAACAGCUUUUUCCCCAGAGCUGUCUCUUUAUUGAACUCCAACCCUCACUGA